UAGCUUUCACAGUUUCACGCGAAUGAGAACGAGGCCGAAGCCUGAGUUCACGGUAGCAAUGGAUCUCCGAAGGAUGACGUUAGAUUCCGGCCAAAUGACCCAACUCACGGUGACCAAAACCAAGAGCGCUCGCCUGAAAAGGCUGAAGGUCCGGAGACUGAAGUACACGUGUCGAACGAAGACCCACGUGGAGGAAGAGAAACAAUUGGACGAGAACAAGAAGGAGAUAUCAUUGUCGUUGUCCUCGUCUGCAGAAAACAAGGUGGUUUUGUCGUGCCAGAGAGACAGUCCGGCGAGUUUCACUGCUCACGGCUCUGUGUCGGUGAUAGGGAGGAGGAGAGAGAUGGAAGACACGGUGAGAGUGGAACUGGGGUUCAUGACAAAGAGAAACAACACAGUGUAUGACUUCUUUGGGGUGUACGAUGGGCAUGGCGGGCCGCACGUGGCGAGGGCGUGCGAGGAGAGGUUGCAUGGGGUUAUGGUGGAGGAGGUGGGAGGUGAUCAGGGUAGAGAUAAUGGUGAGGGGGUGGAGUACUGGGAGAGAGUGAUGGAAGGGUGUUUUGGUAAAAUGGACGAGGAGGUGAGGGGGAGUGGGGUCGGGAGGACGGUGGGGUCAACGGUGGUUGUGGCGGUGGUGGGGGAGGAGGAGGUGGUGGUGGCCAACUGUGGGGACUGUAGGGCGGUGAUGUGCAGGGGUGGUGGGGGGGCUUUGGCCUUGUCUAAGGAUCAUAAGCCUGACAGACCAGAUGAGUUGAAUAGAAUUGAAGCCGCUGGUGGAAAGGUCAUAAACUGGGAUGGACAACGUGUUCUAGGAGUUCUUACCACUUCUAGAUCAAUAGGUGAUCAUUACCUCAGGCCAUAUGUUAUUUCCAAACCGGAAGUCACAGUGACCAAGCGAACUGAUAAGGAUGAAUUCCUCGUACUCGCUAGCGAUGGUUUGUGGGACGUUAUCUCCAAUGAAGUUGCAUGCCUGGUUGUGAAGAGAUGUCUUGACGGACGAAUGAGGAGGAAUUCCGUAGACGUAGAGGUUGAGAAUGAAAGUCGUGCUGCUCAGGCAGCAGCGGUGUUAGCCGAGCUAGCAAUGGCUCGGGGGAGCAAAGACAACACUAGCGUGAUUGUAGUUGAUUUAAGGAAACCCUGAGGCUUUCUCAGUCAAUAGCAGUCCUCUCGUUAUCUCCACGUACUUGGUCCUGGCAAGCUUUGAGGUUGUUUUGUCAAAAAGCUGAAGGCACGUGCAAGAAAUUAAGCUUGAUCAAUCCGGUAGCCGACCAAGGAUUCAUAUAGCAUGUUGGAAAUUACGGAUAUGGCAGCCUCAGAGUUUUAUGGAAACAUGGGUACGUACGUAUGUGUGUCGUUUAACAUAUAUAAUUCAUUUAUGGUGUUGUUUAACGCUACGCCUCCCUUGAAAUCA